ACUAUCGUGUGUGUAGUUCACUUAAGACUUCAGCGGUGAAAAGAACGCAAAGUACGUGCUCUCACUUUUCUUUGGAUUUUUUAAAUUUGUUUUGCAUUUCUUGUGUCCUUAGCCAUUGGAAUGAUUCUCCGAGUUGCCUUCGUGGUGUUUCUGGGCACAACUAUGGCCCAAGGGGCAACGGAGAAGAUCCAGUUGGAGGACAUUGAGCGAGACAACUUAAUCAGCGAACAACGAACAAAAGCAGCAAAUGAUGGGCUUGAAGUGCAGCAAACGCAACACCUGCGACCGCCUGGCAUUCAACCUCCGAACUCCUUUCACUCGGUAAUUGGCGGUGUUACAUACGCCACGGGUCAACCACACGAACCGCAAGCGACCAUUGAGUUCGUCACGCUGCCUCCACAGUAUCCUGCUGCACCCCAGCCUCAGGUCCAUGAGGAGGAUCGAACACAUUCAGCCCCCUCGAGACAAUCCCUGUUGGCCCCACAACCACAGCAUAGUGUUCAAGCUAGUCCCCAGCAACGGCCACAGCAUACAUUUGCACCCCAGCCCCAGUAUGUCUACGUGCAGGCCAUCCCACAAGCCCAGAAGGCACCAAGUCAGCCCCAAUAUCAAACUACGGGGCAAGAAGUGGAGACUUCGGGGCAAAAUCAGGCCCAGCAAACGCAGCAGCUUCAGUACAUCUCGCUCCCUCAGCGAGAUGUUCAAACGAGAGCUCAUCCUACGGCCCCGGCUGGCUAUGUUAGCAUCCCCUACAACUACGGGGGGAUGUAUGCAGCCCCAUCUGCUGCAUCGUACACGUAUCAACCAGCUCAGACACAACCUGCCUACAUCCUGCCAACUAUUCAGCCACACUACCAUCAGAACAUCAUUGCAGGACCAACGCCAACUCCUGGGAUUCAGUAUGCUGCCGCAGCAACAGCUGCACCAACAAUUUCAUCACCAGUAGCAUACGUGAAGAAUGCCUCACCCCAUUCCUACGUCACAGCUACACAAGUGCCAUUUGCAUCCUACCAGCACUCCUACCCACAGGCAAUUGAGUAUCAAGCCCCUGUUGCAGCUACAGCAACAUCCACGAAACUCCUGCCUGUGUCUCAGCACCAUCACACCGAUUACUCAAGUCAAUUCCACCCCACGCUGGACUUCCAUGGACAGAGUAGCAACUACCACAGUCUCCUGGAUUCAUACAUCCCCAGUUCCUACAUCUAUGCCCGCACAAAGGCAACCUAUGGCCAAAACUACCCUCUGCGAAGUUCCUAUUCGCAUCUGGCACCAACCUACCUCCAUCACUACCGCCCUCAACAGUUUGACACCCACGGAGCUCAUACCUUCUACAACACAAUUGCUUAUUCCGCCGAUGGGGUGCACCAUCACUACCCCUCGCCCAGCUUCACGGCCAAAAGAGCAGCAAUACCCGGCGCUUAAGGCAUAAAAAUAAAAGCUUUCUUCGGGAGGCGUGAGACCACCUCUUCCUCUGUAGUAAUAAGGAAUCCUACCCCUAGACUUUAUAUAUAAAAAUGAUAUUAAAGAGAUUGCUGUAAAAUCUGCCAAUCUUGGCAUCUCUGUUAUCUCUGUUUAAAAAAAAAUGAUGUACAUAGAAAAUUUUUCUCAUCA